GCGUGGCCCCGCCCCUCGCGCCCGGCAGUCGGGGCUGCGCGGCCGCAGGGAGGGGAGCUUGGGGCGCAGCGCUCCGCCGCUAUGGAGGCCCCGGCCGCCCCUCCCGCCGUCCCCCCCGCUCCCUGCAGCGCCGCCCGCUCCCUUCAGGACGAGCUGACGUGCCCGGUGUGCCUGGAGUACUUCACCGACCCGGUGCUGGUGGCCGAGUGCGGGCAUAACUUCUGCCGCGCCUGCGUGACCCAGUGCUGGGAGGACUCGGCGCGGCGCCUCUGCUGUCCGCAGUGUCGGGAACCCGUACCGCAGCGCCUCUUCCGCCCCAACCGUUCCCUCGGUAACAUCGUCCACAUCGUCCGUCAGCUGGGGCUUCCCCUGGGCCCCGCCGAGCCGCCGCCGGGACCUCCAGCUCCGUCGCCGCCUCUACCUGCAGUCGCCCCGCCGGGGCCGCCGGGGCCGCCGCGCUGCCCCCGCCAUGGAGAGCCCCUACGCCUCUAUUGCGUUCAGGACCGGCGAGCCGUGUGUGUCGUCUGCCAUCUCUCCCGGGAGCACCGCGCCCACACAGUGCUGCCCGCCGAGGAGGCGGCCCACGCCGCAGAGGAGGUGCCCCAGGAGCAUCUGAGCUCCUUGCGGAAAGGGCGUGAGGAAGCCAAGGCUGAACGGGAGCGGCAGAGCGAGGAUUUGCUGAAGCAGACGGAAGUUGAGAGGCAGAAGAUUGUGGCCGAAUGCAAGGAGCUCCGGGGCUUCCUGGAGGAGAAGGAGCAGCUCCUGCUGUCCCGCCUGGAGGAACUGGACAAGGACAUCACCAAGAGGAGGGAUGAGAGCGUCUCGCAGCUCUCCGAAGAGAUCGCCCAGCUGGAUAAGCUGCUGGCAGAGCAGGGAGGAGAGAACGGCCCAGGAAACCCAACCGGACAGGCUGUUGUCCCAGCUGGAAGCAGCUUUGAGAGCUGGAUGUUCUGCAAGCCGGAGCCCGGUUUUACGGAGUUGGAGAAGAAACUGAAGAGCUUCUCGCAGAAGAGCGCUGUGCUGAAGGAAGUGCUGCUGGAAUUCAAGGAGAAUCUUCGUUUCGAGCUGGAGAACGACACAGGUGAUCUCUCUCUGGAUCCGGACACCGCUAACCCCUACUUGGUGCUGUCGGAAGACAAAAGGAGCGUCCGACUCCGGAGUGCACCCCAAGAGCUGCCGGCAAAUCCCAAACGCUUUGAUUAUUCCUUCUGCGUGCUGGCGGCCGAGGGUUUCGUUGCGGGGCGGCAUUACUGGGAGGUGGAAGUGGGAGACGGGGAGAGUUGGGUCCUGGGGGCGGCUCGCGAGUCCGUACGCAGGAAGGAAAAGAUCGAUUUUGCUCCAGAGGAAGGGAUUUGGGCUGUGGGGUUGAACUGGAAGGGGAAAAACUGGGAUCAGUACCAGGCGUUCACCUCCCCGGAGACGCCCCUAUCCCUUUGCGAGCGGCCCAGGAAGAUUGGGGUCUACCUGGACUACGAGGGCGGGUGGGUGGCCUUCUACAACGCCGAUAACAUGGCUCCCAUCUUCACCUUCACUGCCGCCUUCACCGAAAAGAUCUUCCCGUUUUUCUGGCUCUUCUACGUGGGCUCCUCCCUCUCCCUCUGCAACUGAGCCUUUGCCCUGGCCUCGUCCCUGCCAGUAGCGCCCCAUCCCCUUCCUGUUUUCCCUUCGCUUCCAGACGAAGUCUCCCAAAUCCCAUCCUUGUCCCUCCUUCUGCUUUGGGAGGCGAGUUUUUUCUUGUUGCAUCUAACCUUUUUGGGGCUGUUUUCCCCUCAAAAUCCCUUCCUCCGGGGCAUCGGCCGGGUGAUUCCCCCCUCUCUGUCUCCGCUGUAGAAGCGAUCCCUUCUAUUUUUCUUUUCUCUCGGCUGUCCCGUGGAAACGGGGAUGGAGAAAAGCAACCGUAGGGAUUUUAGCGUGGCCCACGUUGAGCCGGAACCAGAACCCUCUGCUUUCCUGCAUCCCGGGAAGCUCCGUAGGGCUGGAAAAACCCCCCAUGAGGAGGAGAGGGAGUGGCCCCAACCUCAAGGUUUCUACCCCCGGCACCUUUUAGCCACCCUAUCCCGGUUUUCCUUUCUUUGGGAAAGGGCCGAACCCGCCUUCUGCUUGCGCCAAGAGAGCGACACCGCCCUCGCUGCUUCCCACCCUCAUCCCGUUAACGCUGAGCACCCGGAGGACUGGGAGCUGGCAGGAUCGAGGCAGGAGUUGGGGGGAUAUGGGUACAUUUGGGUGCAGAAAAGAAGGAGAACGGUGGGAAUGGGAGAAGCCAAGAGCCAAGGAUAAACCUGGAGUCUUGGUUGCGCUGGGAAACGACAGUUUUUUGGGGGUUCGGUUUUGGAAACGACGGCAUUUUGGGGGUUUUGGUUUUAGAAACGAUGGCUUUUUUGGGGGUUCGGUUUUGGAAACGACGGCUUUUGGGGGGUUCCGUUUU